AGUCAUCCCAGUCACCCUAGUCACCCCAGUCAUCCCUAGUCAUCCCAGUCAUAUAUCUCGUAUCCAGAUCAUUAUUGACAAAGAUUUGUCAUCCCAGUCAUCCUACACUCCUAGUGAUCCCAGUCAACCUAGUAACCCUAGUCAUCCUAGUCAUCCCAGUCAUACUAGUCAUCCCAGUGAGUCAUCCCAGUCAUCCUAGUCAUCCCAGUCAUACUAGUCAACCCUGUCAUCCCAGUCAUCCCAGUCAUCUCAGUCAUCUCAGUCAACCUAGUCAUACUAGUCAUCCCAGUCACCCUAGUCAUCCCAGUCAUCCUAGUCAUCCCAGUCAUACUAGUCAACCCUGUCAUCCCAGUCAUCCCAGUCACCCUAGUCAUCCCAAUCAUCCUGGUCAUCCCAGUCAUACUAGUCAUUCCUGUCAUCAUCCCUAGUCACCCCAGUCAUACUUCUCGUCCCAGUCAUACUAGUCAUCUUAGUCAUCCCAGUCACCCUAGCCAUCCCUGUCAUCCCACUCAUACUAGUCAUCCCAGUCAUCCUAGUCAUCUCAGUCAUCUCAGUCAACCUAGUCAUACUAGUCAUCCCAGUCACCCUGGUCAUCCCAGUCAUCCCAGUCAUACUAGUCAUCCCAGUGAGUCAUCCCAGUCAUCCUAGUCAUCCCAGUCAUCUCAGUCAACCUAGUCAUACUAGUCAUCCCAGUCACCCUAGUCAUCCUAGUCAUCCCAGUCAUACUAGUCAUCCCAGUGAGUCAUCCCAGUCAUACUAGUCAACCCUGUCAUCCCAGUCAUCCUAGUCAUCUCAGUCAUCUCAGUCAACCUAGUCAUACUAGUCAUCCCAGUCACCCUAGUCAUCCCAGUCAUUCUAGUCAUACUAGUCACCCCAGUGAGUCAUCCCAGUCAUCCUAGUCAUCUCAGUCAUCUCAGGUCAACCUAGUCAUACUAGUCAUCCCAGUCACCCUAGUCAUCCCAGUCAUCCCAGUCAUACUAGUCAUCCCAGUGAGUCAUCCCAGUCAUCCCAGUCAUACUAGUCAACCCUGUCAUCCCAGUCAUCCCAGUCACCCUAGUCAUCCCAAUCAUCCUGGUCAUCCCAGUCAUACUAGUCAUUCCUGUCAUCAUCCCUAGUCACCCCAGUCAUACUUCUCAUCCCAGUCAUACUAGUCAUCUUAGUCAUCCCAGUCACCCUAGCCAUCCCUGUCAUCCCACUCAUACUAGUCAUCCCAGUCAUCCUAAUCAUCCCCGUCAUCCUAGUCAUCCCAGUCAUCUCAGUCAACCUAGUCAUACUAGUCAUCCCAGUCACCCUAGUCAUCCUAGUCAUCCCAGUCAUACUAGUCAUCCCAGUGAGUCAUCCCAGUCAUACUAGUCAACCCUGUCAUCCCAGUCAUCCUAGUCAUCUCAGUCAUCUCAGUCAACCUAGUCAUACUAGUCAUCCCAGUCACCCUAGUCAUCCCAGUCAUUCUAGUCAUACUAGUCAUCCCAGUGAGUCAUCCCAGUCAUCCUAGUCAUCUCAGUCAUCUCAGGUCAACCUAGUCAUACUAGUCAUCCCAGUCACCCUAGUCAUCCUAGUCAUCCCAGUCAUACUAGUCAUCCCAGUGAGUCAUCCCAGUCAUCCCAGUCAUACUAGUCAACCCUGUCAUCCCAGUCAUCCUAGUCAUCUCAGUCAACCUAGUCAUACUAGUAAUCCCAGUCACCCUAGUCAUCCCAGUCAUCCUAGUCAUCCCAGUCAUACUAGUCAACCCUGUCAUCCCAGUCAUCCCCGUCACCCUAGUCAUCCCAAUCAUCCUGGUCAUCCCAGUCAUACUAGUCAUUCCUGUCAUCAUCCCUAGUCACCCCAGUCAUACUAGUCAUUCCUGUCAUCAUCCCUAGUCACCCUAGUCAUACUUCUCAUCCCAGUCAUACUAGUCAUCCUAGUCAUUCCAGUCACCCUAGUCAUCCCUUUCAUCCCACUCAUACUAGUCAUCCCAGUCAUCCUAGUCAUCUCAGUCAUCCCAGUCACCCUAGUCAUCCUAGUCAUCCCAGUCAUACUAGUCAUCCCAGUGAGUCAUCCCAGUCAUCCCAGUCAUACUAGUCAACCCUGUCAUCCCAGUCAUCCUAGUCAUCUCAGUCAACCUAGUCAUACUAGUAAUCCCAGUCACCCUAGUCAUCCCAGUCAUCCUAGUCAUCCCAGUCAUACUAGUCAACCCUGUCAUCCCAGUCAUCCCUGUCACCCUAGUCAUCCCAAUCAUCCUGGUCAUCUCAGUCAUACUAGUCAUUCCUGUCAUCAUCCCUAGUCACCCCAGUCAUACUAGUCAUUCCUGUCAUCACCCCUAGUCACCCUAGUCAUACUUCUCAUCCCAGUCAUACUAGUCAUCCUAGUCAUUCCAGUCACCCUAGUCAUCCCUUUCAUCCCACUCAUACUAGUCAUCCCAGUCAUCCUAGUCAUCUCAGUCAUCUCAGUCAACCUAGUCAUACUAGUCAUCCCAGUCACCCUAGUCAUCCCAGUCAUCCUAGUCAUCCCAGUCAUACUUGUCAACCCUGUCAUCCCAGUCAUCCCAGUCACCCUAUUCAUCCUGGUCAUCCCAGUCAUACUAGUCAUUCCUGUCAUCAUCCCUAGUCACCCCAGUCAUACUUCUCAUCCCAGUCAUACUAGUCAUCCUAGUCAUCCCAGUCACCCUAGCCAUCCCUGUCAUCCCACUAAUACUAGUCAUCCCAGUCAUCCUAAUCAUCCCCGUCAUCCUAGUCAUCCUUGUCAUCCUAGUCAUCCCAGUCACCCAAACCAUCCCUGUCAUCCCACUCAUACUAGUCAUCCCAGUCAUCCUAGUCAUCCCUGUCAUCCUAGUCAUCCCAGUCACCCUAGUCAUCCUAGACAUCCCAAUCAUACUAGACAUCCCAGUCAUACUAGUCAACCCUGUCAUCCUAGUCAUUCCAGUCACCUUAGUCAUCCCAGUCAUACUAGUCAUCCCUGUUAUCCUAGUCAUCCCAGUCAUCUCAGUAAUCCUCGUCAGCCUAGUCAUACUAGCCAACCCUGUCAUACUAGUCAUCCCUGUCAUCCCAGUCGUCCCAGUUGUCCUAGUCAUACCAGUCAUCCUAGCCAUACUAGUCAACCUUGUCAUACUAAUCAUCCCUGUCAUCCCAGUCAUCCCAGUCAUCCUAGGUCAUCCUAGUCAUACCAGUCAACCCGGUCAUACUAGCCAUCCAUGUCAUCCUAGUCAUCCCAGUCAUCCCUGUCAUCCCUGUCAUCCUAGGUCAUCCUAGUCAUACCAGUCAACCCGCUUAUACUAGUCAUCCCUGUCAUCUUAGUUAUCCCCGUCAUCCUAGUCAUCCAAGUCAUCCCUGUCAUCCCUGUCAUCCCAGUCAUCCCAGUCAUCCUAGUCAUACCCGUCAACCCGGUCAUACUAGUCAUCCCUGUCAUCCUAGUCAUCCCAGUCAUCCUAGUUAUCCCAGUCAUCCUAGUUAUCCCAGUCAUCCUAGUCAUCCCAGUCAUCCUAGUUAUCCCAGUCACCCUAGUCAACCCCAUCAACCUAGUCAUCCCAGUCAUCCUAGUCAUCCUA